CUUUCGCCUGGGUGCCUCCCUGCUCCGUGCUCGCUGGAUACCCGGCUGGGAUAGUGAAUAGGAAAAGGGACAGCUCGCCCGGCCCCCACCCGACCCCGGGCCCGCUCUGCCCGCACUCGCGGUCCCCUCCCGAUGGCGAGGCUCACGGACCCGAGGCCUCAGCCAUCAUUUUACCAGGAGCCAGGGGCCGGCUCCCAUUUAGGGUGAGCCCGGUGGAAGUCCGGGAGGCUGCCUUUUCUCCCUUCUUCUGUGUCCACCUUAUUACGAUUGAAUAUUGUUUUAUGAAGGUUUCCGUGGACGUAUUCUGCAGACCCUCCCAUCCCUUCCAAAGUAGUUUCCCAAUUUUAAUCAGGAGUUGGUGUUCAGUCUGAAGGAACAAAGGAACCAACUGUGUCUUAGAGGCGGACAGGCUGGGAGUCUGUGACACAUGUUGAUCUCUGAAGCAUUCCAGGAGUUUCUACCUUUUAUCACGUCAAUAAUUGGCUGCUGAAGGUAGUAAAAGAAGUACGGAAUGAUAAGCACUUUUGCGUUUUAAAAAUAUUUUUUAAUGGCACAUUUUACUUUGGGGAAAAAAGACGUUCUUAGGCACAAGGAUUUUUAAAAACCCAGUUGGUGGAACUGAGUUGGAGUUUGUUUCUGGUAUUGUAAAUGAUUACAUGUGGGAUUGUGAAGGAAAUUGUGUCCUUAGAGGAAGAGAAGCCAUCUGUAGGUGUCCAUAGUAAAAAUGGUUGUCGGGUUAUAUGUGAUGAAUGCUCUUUCUGUUUCUUGGGGGUAUUUGUGAAGCAAGGGGCUUCGGUAAUUCAUUCUUUAAAGUUAUGAAUUGCAUUGAACCUGCUUAUUAGUGAAUCAUAGGUUUAGUAAGUGGGUGGCAUUAUUCAGUGUUUAAUCAUCAGUUUUCCACCUUUGUUGAAGAGACAGUGAAAUAAUAGACUUUUUAAACAAAUGGUGUUUCAUCUGCCUGGCCCCUAAGUGUCGGUUGCCGCCUGGAGUAUGUUGAAGUGUUUUUCACCUUCCAAGUAAGUGAGUUGCUCUGGUUUUGCCCAGCAGUUCGGUAACGUCGAUAGGGUUUAUUUGGUUCAGGGAGCACUGGCUUCAUCACCUACAGUAACUUUUUUUCUGCCUGGGCAUAGUUCCUAGAGACAAAGAAGGAGAAUCAAUUAGUGGAGCGGCUACUGCCCUGCAGGUUGUAGGAUUGGUUGCUCUAGUCUGUUUCAUACUCUGGUGGAGAAAGACCUCUUUCCAAACUUACCUUUAAAAGUGCCCUAGGAGUGUGAGUAAAAUAUACAUCAGAACAUAACAGAAAAAAAAAAAGGACUGUUCGUUGUUGAUUUUAUUCGAAUGAGUUAGUUGAAAAACCAGGUUUAAUGCCUGUGGGAAGUUAGUUGAAAACCAGGUUUAAUGCCUCUUUUACAUGUGUUUCUAAACUCUGCAGAACUUGGAUUUUGCUAAUUUUAACACCCUAAAAUAUUGUUAACUUUGCACUAAAGAAGUGUGUGAAGAGACUAAAGGCUUUUCUGACUCUUGCAGUUAUAAGUGCAAAACAUCAUGAUAAAAAAUAACCUAUACCACCACCUAGAGUCUGUUUGUUAGUUUAUUGCUCAUGAAGUUUGCUUAAAUUGACAUGUCUGUUACAGUUCUGAUAUAGUCGAAAAUGAUUAAGAAGUACUAGCUUUCAAAAGCCCGUCCAAGAGAACAAUUAUUUAAGUAAUAAAUAGCAAGUGCCAAUUUAAAUUAUCCGUGCCACCUUUAGAAUUGAAAAUUAUGACAUAUCAAGUUGAGUGGGCUAUUCUCCAAAAGAUGUUAAUUCAGAAGAUUUUAAAACGGAGUUUUCAGUUGGUGCGCCAAGGCAGUUCUGAUUGCUUAAAGACUUCUGCGUUGUUAUCAGAGAUUCAAGAAAUCUUCCCAGUCAGAUGCCAUUAGAACUUUUUGAAGUCCAGAUGAAACAAAAGCAAAAAUACAGGAGAGCAUUACAACUACAGAAAUUCUGGAAAUUCAGAAGUUAAGAGAGAACGCAGCCCAUGACAGAGUUGUGAUUCAGAGAUAUGAAAAGUAAAAUCAAUGUGAAUUAAAGUGAUAAUCUGUUUUGCUGGUAGUUUAUAUGUGGUAAAGCAGUCUAUUAAAUGAGAGACCUUAGGGAGGCAGCUUUGUUGCCAUGUGGCUUAUCACAUUGUCCAUGGAGGAAGUAAUGUUCCUCCUUUAAGUGGUGUAGCCUGAGAGAAAGAUGGCCUCCAAGAUCUUUAAUUAAAUACCAGUUGAACAGAAAGAACUAGAGCACUGUAUUAAUUCUGUCAAACAUCACUAUUUUAGAACAUUGAGGACAACUAAAAAUGAAUUAACGCAUAUCUGAAAGCAGAGUUUGAUAGAAGGUGACAGAUGAGGCAAAAUAUGCCAAUCUAAUGGAACAAAUAAGAUAAGGAGAUAUGCCAUCCUUGACUCUAGAAAGAUCAGAGGGAAGAAGAUUAUUGUUAAUUGCACAGAUUCUAUUGCAGACCAAUGCUAGAAGACAAUGACAUAGAAGUAAUUUUAAAUCAGAGUGGCUUAGGAUAUAUGAGGUUAAAGGAAUUUGGCUUUUAAUUUUAAAACGUAAAGAAUGUAAGAAACUCAAAAGCUCAUGUUCUAACUGUUGUUUGGGAAAAGCAGUAAUAGUUUGGUGUAUCAGGUUAAAAGAUAAUUUUGCUCAGAAUGAGUUUAAAAUACCGAAUUUUUGUCAAGGAAAACAUUAUUCACUUUAAAUUGUGCUAGGGUCAGUUUUGCUUUUCGCAUUUGAGAUUGCUUGAUACAAUUAGUUUUUAAUGUAGGUUAGUAAGAGAAGAGGAGUUCUAGUCCCUUCCCUACCGUUUCCCUCCCUCCCUUGCUCUCUUCCCCUUUUCUAAAAUAAACAGUGUCUAGAUCUUUGGAUAUUUUCUUCCAUGAAAAGUGCCUUAGUUGCAGCGUUCCUUCUUGGCUGUGGCUGGGGAGAAGUUUCUUCACUCUUGUACUUUUCCCUUCUGCCCCUUCAGGUGAUUGAUACACAAUCAGAGUGGGUUUUGUUCUGUGUGUUUGUUUAAUAAUGAUUUACUGUUACACGGAUGAAGACUGGGAAAAAGCAUUUGCCGUUCUAGCAAAGUCCUGUAUACCCAUGUCUUCCAACUGGAGAAAUAUUUUCAUUAAAAUAACCUUGACUACUGUUGAAAAGUCAAAGAAAAUUUUCAACAAGAUAUGCUAGGGUCUUGCAGGAUAUGAGUUUGAAUCUGUGAACUAAAAAGGUUCAAGUUGCAUUUCCUUAAGUUGUAGUUUUUUCAGGGACUUUUGGGGGAGGGGGAAUGAGCAGGCUCAUCCUGUAGUAUUUAGAUAACACAACAAUUAGAGAAAUGUAACACCACUAUGGCCACUAAGACUUGAGAAGGUAAAAACCAGGAGUGUCAGAUGGUGAAACAGGCCAUUGGAAUGGAACUGAAGAUUAUGUCGAGAGGUUGGAAUGAACAAAAAGUAAAUGGAGGAGAGAGAUCUAGUUUCUGUAUCCUGUUUGCAUCUGAUGCUGAAGCAGAGACAUGAAUUGCUGAUGGUAAUGGAUUCUAUUCUCUUUUAGGAGGCCAGCAAUAUUAUAUAAAUAGUGGUUGUUUGAGGGAGAGAAACGACAAGUUCCCCUUUUGUGCAUGUUCACACUUUGUUUUGAAUGUCUCUGAGAUAUCUUUAAAGUAGAGGAUCAAAAUUGGGUACCAGCAUGGAAUCAGGAGUUAUACUUUGGAGGAAAAUGAAUUAAUAUUAGAUCACAUUUUCUUUAAUCUUUUAAGAUCUGGAAUUUUACAAGGGUCUUCAUCAACAGGGAAAACCGUGUUCUGAGUGCUAAAGUUUGGGUGGUGAACUGGAUAAUUCUUUUAUAGGAUCUCUGAUAAAGAUAAACAUGUAAAUAACUGCAGAAAGAAUGCUUUAUUUAAGCACAUUACCUAUGAUUCAUGGUAGGGGGAAAAUAGAGACCACAGAAACUCCUGAAGUCUUAUCAGGGUUUCUUUGCAAACUAUUAUAUGGAUGCCCAUCUGUUGUUUUUUCUUGAAAUUUAGUGUUCAGGUUGAUGGAUACUGAAUGUAUAGGAUUCCGAAGGUUGGAGUUUAUUUAAAACAGAACUUUCCUUUUGUUUUACUACGAGUUAUGAAAUGCAGUUUUAAUUUGUCGCAAUAAAUAUAGAAACUGAGAUGAGUAGGAAUUUAUACUAACUUUUCUCACUGUUAUGGUACAUACUCUUUAUCAUGAACCUUGAAAUUCAAAUUGAUCCCUACACUAUCUUGCAAAUAUUACAAAUGAAGAAUUACAAAAGUUGUGGUAUUUUAGCUUAUCAAAAUGCACCCGAAACAUAAAAUAUUUUUCCUUAAGUUCUUAAAACAGAAGAAUAGGAAAGAGUUGAAAAUAAAUGUGAUACAUUUUAUCAUUAUAUUAGUAUUUUGUUGAAAUUAAUACCUUGAAUCAUGCUAUGGAUAAACAUUUAGCCUAGAACUCUAAAAGUAGUAUAAUGUGAAUCAGAUUUAAAGAAUUGAGAAGGCUGGCAGUUCAAAAAUAGAGGAAGAAAACACUCUUUGGGGUUAUGAAGAAAAGGAUCCUCUUAGUAUUAAGAUUUCUUAAAAAGCUAUACACAGUUUUAAGAUAGAUUGUUCUUGAAGAUAAUGGGGCAAAUAAUUACCUGCUAAACAAAUUAUGAGUCCUGUGAUUCUUUUUUUGGUUGAAAUAAUUUCAAGAACUCCAGCAUAUGUUGCAGCUUUGGCUAGAAAGGUGAUUGUGACAUACAUCUAUUCAUCCAUUCUCCUUCCCUCCUUCCCUCCUUCCCUCCCUUCCUUCUUUCCACUUUCAAUACAUAGGGCUGGGGUAGCAAAUAAUAAUAAGAAUAAUAAUAAACAGUUUUGUAAAACUUGAUAAUAGAAUUCUCUGACAGGGUUAAUAGUUGUGUUUGAAAUUCAGAGCUAGUAUGGUUCACUCUCCCCAGAAAAUAAAAUUUUAAUUUCUUACACCUCAGGGAAUAAAAACUCUAAAUUAAAACCCAUCUUGCCUCUUUAACUUUGUGUCACUUAGCAAAAAUAUCUUUAAGGAUGGAAAGAAGAGACCCCAUGUGCCUUAAAUUCCAAGUCACUGUGUGACUAAGCUCAGAGUUUCAAUAAAUAUUAAACUAGAAUUCUGCUGGGAAUUUGAGUCAUCAGCUUAAGCUACUCCUGGGACCAAGACAACUCUGGUUGACCUGAUGUUGGUGUUUAUUCAGAGCUUUGGUGGAAAGGAGCCUCUCACCCUUGGACUUCUAAUUAACAAAGUCAUUCCUUAGUCACUUGUUAAGUGAUAGAGCUACUCCUUGUUUUCAGGCCUGUAAUUUGCUAAAGGAUUGAGCACAACAGAGAAACUAAGGAGUUUGGAGCUUCUGCUGUUUAGAGUCUGCUUUCAUUAUUUUACUUUUACUUUCUUAUCUAGCUGUGUGAGGGUACUAUGUAAAAGUCUGGUGAUUUGCUUUAGAUACUUAAGAGAAAAGCUUAGCUGUAGUCACAUAUAGUGACUAAGAUGGCUUUCCUUAUAGUUACAUGUUUUUAAUAGUUGAGUUUGCCUAUACUCUUCAUAACAUGUGCACAUGUUAAAUAUGUUACUGCUUUAAAAAAGCAUUUCAUUAGUAAGAUGGGGAAUCGUUUAUGUACAAUAUUGAAAUGAGAGUAGUAGUAUAAUGGUGUGUUUGGUAACUAACAGGACACAAUCAAAAUUUGAGAAUUAGAAGUUCAGAAUGAAAAAAGGACUUCUCUCUUGAGGAAUCUAUCUAGAAGUUGAGAGAUAGCAAGUGUUUAACAGAGUGUAAUGAUUUCUGAGAAGCAUGCUUUUAAAGAUUUUUUUAAAUUCCUGAAUUUAUGAGUUUAUAUUAUAAUAAUCUAUAAUAGAGCAAUAGAUUUAUACACUGGAAAAGAAACAAAUUAAGGGAAGGAGAGAAUACACAGUGACAUGGAGGACAUCAAGAAAAUAUGUUUGGAAACAUGUGAAACUCUCCAAAUGGGAUAUAAAUAUUCUUGAGAGAAAUUAAUCACAGUUGCAGUUUUUCUCCUAAAGGGACUGUUUGCACAAUGGGUUAUGUAGGCUCAGGUUUGAUUUUUGAAAAACAUGUUAAAAAAUAGUAUUCCUGUUAUUCCACGUUUAUUUUUCGAGUUUAGGUUCUGUUACUAAAUCAAGAUGAUACAGAUAAAAGGAAAGCCCUUUUAUCUCCCCCGGCAGCAUCUGUUGAAUAAGGGGGUUAUAUUUGAUUUCUAAAUUCUAAAAUUCUGACUAUACAGCAGUAUAUGCCGUUGUUGACAGUAAACAGUAAAGAUUUCAAGCCUGUGUUUUUAAAAGAAGAAGAGAUGAUUGGGUAGAAACUUGGAAUAUUAAGAAGUUGUUUAGUUACUUGGCUGUUGCCUUUUCCUGUUUUGUUGGGAGGGGGAGCAGGGAAAGGAAGAGUAUUGAACUUUUUGGGGCAACCGUUUUGUGCCAGACAUUGUGCUGGAAGCUUUACACACAUUUUGUCUUUUAAUCCUUCCAGUUCCCCUGUGACAUAUAGGUAUCAUUUUCUCUAGUUUAGAGAUAAGGAAACCUAGUCUGAAAAAUGCAAGAAUAGUUAACUUGCCUGUGGUCACAUGGCAAAUUUCAUUGAUAAUUUGAUUUUCUUAAAGAAUAUGCCAUUGUUUGAAGAAAAAACCAGUUGCCAUCUGACAUUCAGGAAGCCGUUAAAAAACCUUGCUCCCAACCUGGUAGCCAUAAAACUUAUGCAGCAUUUGCAAGCCUCAUAGCCUGGAUUCUCCAAGACCAGGCUCUCUGGGAAGGCACAUUGUUGCCAGUCGAUGAUUCUGCAGCAGCUUAUGCUAGUUCUCAAAGCGCUGAUGUCCUGCUGCCUGCAUUGCGCUGGAGGGAAAUGUAGUCACCAAGGGCUGCGGCACAGGCUCUUUUCCCUCCAAUGCUAACUCUUCUGAAGUGUAUCACAGAAUUACUGCGGUGUUAUUUGAGGCAGUGAAAGCAACUAUGUUUCUUUAUAUAAUUCAUUGAAAUAGCUUGUCAUGGUCUUAAACUGAGUGUUCCCAAGGCUAGUUAUGUUUGUCCACUUCAAGGAGCAGUUGUAGCAAAUUCAGAACCGUAGCUCUUCCUGGUUGAAAAGUUACAACUCUUGACUAUUAACAGUUCUUAACAUGAUUUUUUUUUAAUUACCCUAUCUUGACUCACAACAAUUUUGUUAAAGACUAUCCUGUGCUGAUAAACUGCUCUCUGAAAUACAAAGAGGAAAUUAACAAUGUAUUUGUGAAUUGGAAGGAAGUGGAAGUAGAGAGAUGAGGAGUAGUUGACUUUAUUUUGAGAGUAGACUGUGUCAGGAGGGAGAUUGUUGAGUGGGGGAGCUUUGUGGCACAUAGUACAUUUUUAAGUACAUACCAGGUACGUGCUUUUAUUGUUAAAGCCAUAAGAAAUGGAGUUAUGAGCUUCUCCACCUCCUUUUACUUGCCUCAUUUAAAAUUUAUGGAAUUUUGAACCUAAAAGAUUCAAGCUGAGUGGUUCCCUAUACACUGAAAGGUAUAGUCAAAUUGAAACUAUAUUGGAGACACAAAGAUGAAUAAUAAGACGUGUAAACAUAAUAUUUUCUAGGGUGCUUUGGAUUUUGAGUUGCCAAAUCAUGUUGGAAAAGCAAGAGAUUUGUAUAAAAGCUGCAAAGGAAACAUCUGUGUUUUGUUUAGAGAAUACGUUAUAUUUUGGCCAAAUAAGAAAAAAGAGAAAUUGUCAAAGUGAACAAUAUGGGGGGAAGAAUGUCUUCCUAAAGAUCAGAAUGAACUUAUAUUAUUUCCUUAACUGAUCCAUGCUUUUUAAAAAAAAAAGAAUUAAAAUACACAGAAUCUAUGUGAUGCCAAAUAUAAGGAUUGAAAACAGUCUUUUUUAAAUUUACCAUCUGAUUCCUUUCCAAUAUCUGGAUGUUUGCUAUUAUUGUGGCAAGACCCAUUGUUAACUGUAUUGCUAAAAAUCUACUUUUAUAUAUCCUGGUAAUACUUGACUGACCUGAGUCAAAGUCACAUUUUUUUUUUUUUUUUAACUUUGAAUUUCUUUUGCUUGGGCUUUCACAAAUUGAAGUUAUUUCAUAGAAUCGUUAGAUUUUUCAGGUUGGAAGAGAAUUUGAUAAAAGCUAUGGCUGCUCUGGAUUUAAGCACACCUAUCUUAGAGGCACCUUGUCCUCCACCCAUUUAUCAAACAAGUUGGUUUUUAGAUGCAUCUUUUGUAUGGAAGAGCACACAGUUAGUGUAGACUAUAAAUAAAAUAAUGAUAAAAUGCUACCAUUUAGUGCUUAUGUGCCAUUUUCUUUCCUUUUGGGUCUCCUUCUUUAUUUCUGUUUUGUCUUUACUUUGUUUUCCUUUUUAUUUCUUAAUAUCUCAUUCAUCUUUUUUUUUAAUUGCCAGGGGAUCCAUGUGAUACAAUGGGGUCAAUAAUUACUUAUCUUCCUGUAGUUUUUGUUAUUGCUGUUAAGUUAAAAUGCCCAAAACAGUUACUAUCUGCAUUUUACGGAGGAAGAAAUUGAGUCCUUAAGAAUUUAAAGACGUUUUGAAAGUCAUUCAGCUAGCAGUUGGGUAGACCUAGGAUGGUCAGUCAAAUCUUGAUUUAUUUCACACUUUUUUGUUUAUUUUUGUCAAAGCAGUCUCAGAAAGAGGGGUUUGUGUACCAGGUGUUAAGGAAUAGUUAAUAACCUUUGGUGAUGGAUCCCGCAGUAAAAUCCAAGCUAACCCCACAAAGGGAUCUAUAAUAAUAAGAACUGGGUCUUGAGACAUGAAACGAGAAUUGGCUGGCUGCAUCACUUUUGUUCUAGUACCUUAUUUUCUUCUCGUGGUCUUCAUAAAAGUCUUAGGAUUUGUUGAAUAUUCUAGUACUUGAAAUGUAAUUGCCAGGCUGAGAAUUUUAAAAAAGAAUAGUACAGUUAUGUACAUGUUCAUGCAGUGGCAUUGUUUUACAUGUUACGUACAUUUGGAAUUUUAUUUAAAAAGAAGUAGGGAGACUUGCUAUUUAUUUGCAGACAAAGAGAGCCAGAUACCUUUAGUUGACCAGAACACUCACAGGCCAUCUCUACUUUUUACUGAUGAGUAGUAUUCCAACACCAUUAAUGUAGGUGGUUGGGUCUGUUGGUUCAACUGGAAACAUAUCUCAAAGUUUAUGGACCCCAUUCCUCUAUUCUCUUGAGAAAGGUAACAAAUAAGAUGAGGGGGCCCUGUGUGGCCCAGUGGUGAUAAUGUGCCAUGAACCCAAGUGCACGUUGGUCUACACCCCUAGAAAAGAGAGCAAGAGAGAAGAAACCUAUGUGUAGACCUUUUCAUGGACCACACACUGGCCACGUUCCUGAUGUUGGUGAAACAGAUUGGAAAGGAAUAUUCUCCCUCAUGGGACAGUGGGCAAGGGAGUUUGUAGGCUUACUUCUGUCCCCAAGCCUCUAACAAGAUCAGAUUUUCUUUCACAGUUUUGUGUACGCCCUGAUUGUAAAAGUUAAACUUGUGUUAUAGCUGUUUUCCUUGGUAGAACUCCAUGAAUUGGAGCUUAUUCAUCAGUGUACUGUUGGGCCUGUAAGUGUCUGGCACACAGAAGGAUGUCUAUAAGCAUUUGUUAAAUUGAACUGUACCAGUCCCAACCGCUGGCAAAAUUUGGCACAGCAGUAGAACCUUUAUGUAUUUAUGCAUAGCAGUCGUUAAUUAUUAUGUGUAACUUAUGAAUAAUGGAAGCUCUUCCACGUUUUUUCUUUAGUCUGUUUAAAUUAGGACUUUUAAAAGGAACAAUAUUUUUUCCUUAAAAUGUAUCUUCUUCUUUCCAGGCAUACUAAUUAUGAGGGAAAAAGUGAAACUGACUGUUAUUGACAUUAUAAUUAAUUGGUACUUGAAAUAAUUUGUUUUGUAAUAUUACAUUUCUUCAGUAAUACACAAAUUAUAUUAGAAAACAUGUUUAGCAAAAUCUUUGGGGGCAACAUUUUUUUUGUAAGGAAAUGAAUAAAAAUAUUUCUGGAGCCUACUAGGCAGUUUCCUUAGCAUCACUUCCUAUAGUCAAAGGGACCCACCAGCUGGGCACACUUAACUGCCUUGGAUUUGACGGCUUGGUAAGGUGGAAAUCUUAACAUUUCACAUCCAGAGUUAAUUUUGGUGUGCAGUAACCUUAAAAGUUAAGAGGGUAUCAAGAACAGUUGAUGAUUCAGAACUUGGUAAGUUAUGGGAUUAAGUAGUAUAUGAAGCCCAUCUAUGUUUUAAAAAUUAGGAUUUGCUCUUCACUGAAGGUGAAUUUCCUGACUCUUUUCUAAGAGUCAUAUUCAACUACAUUAAUAACUGCUGUUAAGAGACAGAAAAUAAAAUUAUUUUGAAAUGGAGCUCAGAGAUUUCUAGACGAGAAAUUUAUUUUAAAAUGCUAAUAGAAAAUAAAUUAUAUGGAUAUAUAUUUAUAACACUGAUUUUUAACAGAUGCUCUUGAAAUAACUUUAACCUAGUUUCUUGCUUUGUGAAGACAAAGUUGUUUGUUGUUUCUUUUUUGUUUAACAAAGGUAACUUCAUGAGUAUUUGACAGUAUAUUUCUUUUGGCUCAUAUUUCUGUGUAUUCACCUGCUUGUAAAUCAUAGCAAAAAGGAACAAGCUAAUGGACUAAUAUAUGAAGUAAAAGGGCAGAAAAAUGAGCACAUUUACUAUUUAUGCACUAUGUUCUACUGUGUGCUUUCCUCCAGUGCUUACUUAUCCUGAAUUCCUGAACAAUUUUUUCCCUCAUUGUUCAUUAGUGUCAGUCGGUAUGUUAUAGAAAUGUGUGAAUUUCUAUAAAUUAGUUGUGAGUGUGAAUUUCCCACUGUUGGAUUCCUCAGCAGACACCCAAACUUAAUUUCUAUUUCAUGAACUAAAAGUUGUAGCUAAGGCAUGACAUCUGAUCAAAAUUAACACUAUUAUCCUUUGCAAUGAAAAGGGUGAAUAAAACUAAAGUUCCUGGUAGUUGCCCCUGAUACAAGUGUUUGCUUAGCUUUGACCAUACAUCUAUCUAUUUAUUUUACAUUUUACACAUCCAUGGGUAUUCCUCCCGAUAAUGCCAAGGAAUGCUUUCCUUUGCAGGCAUCACUCUAACAACACAAACACAUUCACUGUGAAUUUUAAACUCUCGUUCUCUUUUUUCCUCCUUUAAUAAAUUAUCUCAUUGAGAUUAUUCAUUGUUUUGGCAGUACUCUAAAUGAUCUUGCUUUUGCAAAAUCAUUGUAUAUUCUGUUUAAUGGCAUGUUACUUUAAAACUGUAAAGUUUAGGGUUGCUAAAGGCAAAAGCUGACAAUAUUUGUUAAUAUUGAGAAUAGGUAAAAAUGGGCCUUUGGGCAGUCAACAAAAGUAAAAUUAAAAUCUGACUUUAAAUCUUUUGAAAAUCUAAAAUUAAUAUGGAUUUCUUUAUACCAGUCAGAAAUUCAAAUUUUGUUUUAUGUUACUGAUCUUUAAGUUGUUUAUGUGUCACAGUGAGAGUGGUAGGAACCUUUUUUUAAUUGUAUGAAGUAAAUGGAAGGAAAAAUAACAGUAUACAUCACUGUGGUAAAACUAUCUUUAAUGAUAGCAUGUUACUUUGGACUACGUUUUGUUUUAUUUUACAGUGAAUUAGGAAGUGUUUUUCAUUCUGUUUUUUGGAAUUCUGGUAAAUGUGAACAGCAAUUCAUAUGCAUAUAGGUGUAAAAAAGACGUAUUUGAAAAGAUAUGCUGCGUGAAUUUGUCCAGUGAGGAUAAGUAGCAAGUUGUAAUUACCUUCUGUAGUUUAAGUCAUUGGCUGUAUUGAAUACUUCAGUGAAGUACCGCGGGGGAAAAUUGUGGUUGUACAUACUACCUUGUGAGUGUUGCAGGAUUUAGUAGUUCUCAAUGACCAUUGUUACUUUUAAAAAGGAAAAAAAGUAGUGAGGGGAUAGGAUAGGAAGUUUUGAUGAGUGGGAGGGGAAAGGAAUCAUUACUUCUCAGCUGCUGAAGUCGCAGUUUAUUUUGUUUUAGGCCUCUUUGCAUAGCAUAUUCUAGAGCAUGGCGAAGGAUAAUACUUCGGGGUGAAAAUGUUAGUAUCCUUAACAUACUUCCGGGUGGUUUAACUAUUAAUCAGAAGCACCAUGGAGAUUAAAGAAUUGGAGCUAGGGAUUAGAUAGGUUUUAGUGAGGCUUUGCCACGGAAAAGCUAUGAAAUGGGUGAGUCAUUCAACAUCUCCUUGCUUCAGUAUCAGCGUUAGUUCGAAAGUGAGGUUUUACUUUCAAAUGUAUUGAGUAUCAGGGUGAAUAGAACUUAGGGCUGAGAGGAUGUCCCUUAUGAUUUUUUGAGCUUGGCAUUUAAUAUUUUACAGCAAAGUUUUUAGCUUAACAUAAUUGAACUUGUACUAGAUAGGGUUAAUAGGCUAGAACAAAAGGUCAAAGCAUAAGGCAUUAGGCUUAAUUAAGGGAGAGCAGGAGUGGCAGGAGUGUGUGACAGUUAAAUGGGUUUCCCACAGACUAAUGUCGGUUACAGUGCAACCAUGCCUCAACUUAAGUGGGUUAUUUUGUGCAAAGGGCAGCAGUGAUUAGCAGUUUGACAUGCCAGACACUUCUGGCCAAUCCCAUCUGUUUUAGAGGUUAAAAAAGCACACCUUUAUGAGCUGAUGGAUUGAUUUGUGUGCCCGUCUGGUAAAGAUUAGAAGUCCAAGGCCAAUGCAGUAAAUGUCAGUUAUAGAAUAUUAUACUUUCUUGGUUGGCUCAUUGUUUUAACCGUCAACUGUUUUAUAAUGGGGGAUAAGUGCUGUUUAUGGUGUUGAAUGCAAGAUAGGUGGGGGAACAGGUGAGGGAGGAAGAAAAAUAUUUCCUAGAUGGACUUGUGAAUCAAAAUAUUCUGUAGCAGGUGUUCACAUUUUAAAUGGAGUGUUUUUGACCUGUUCCUUACAGUUUCAGUCACAUUGUUCUUUUCUGAGUGUUAUCUGAGCAACACUGCCAGUCCAGGAUUUAAUUCUGCAUACAGAAUUGGUAGGUUUGUUUAUUUAGGUACCUCUUUUUAAAGGUGUAAUAAUUUUUUAUUGACCACCUGAACAAGGGAAAAUAAAAUGAAAAUGACACACACACGCGCACACACACACACGCGAACACACACACAGAGUUCUGUGUUCUUUUAUGUGGUCAGUCAGGUGCAUGUGAAAAGGAGACACAGGAGGGGCUCAGGAAAACAAAGUUUAUUAUACUCAUGAGUUCUCGGAGGCACAGCAUGCCAUUCAGGGCCACAUGAGAAAGCCCCAGUGUUGGUCUAGGGGCCAAAGGGGCAGGAGCUAGAAGAGAGACCGGGCUGCAGCCGUUUCUGGAGUAUCUGUGGGAAAGGCAAGGCAGGGCGGGUAACCAAGUUUAGGAUUAGCUAGUUUGCAUUAGCUGUAGGUAAAUGCUACUGCUACUACUACUAAUAAGCUAUAGGUGUAUAAUAAUAGUAGCUUUGAAUAAGUUAUAGGUACACAGGCUCUAAACUGUAAGAGUGAUCCCUAGUUUGCCUGGUAGAUACCAGGCAGGGGAAUAUUGCCUCCUGGGUGUAUGGGUCAGGUAGAGGAGGUAUGGCUGUGGAUUGUUUAGUUUGCAUGUGAAAGGCACGCUGAGUCCUUUGCCUUCUCUAAGCAUUGGCUGGCCCCUAGAGGGGCAAUCUCUUCCCAGCCAGAAAGGAGUCAAAACCAUCAUAAUAUACAGAAAAUAAGAAACAUAAACAAUACACACAUAUGUACUUGCUUUAAGGGUGGGAUUUACUGUGGUCACGUGAGUUUGAAGUGUGUUUGAACUUAGACUCUAACCUAUUUCUUUCUUCAUUGAAAGUUGUUAAGUGCGAUGCCAUUAGUAUAGUUCAUUUUCAGUUCUGGAUUGUAGCUCAUUUAAAGAUACACAAAUACUACGUUUUGGUUAUAGAAAUUGGCUCCAACAUAUUCUGAAAUUCAAGGAAAGGGAAGAUCCCAAUAUUAUGUGUAUGAAAUCUUCAGAUAUUGUCCUCAUAAUCAGUGAACUUAGUAACAUAAAGCACUGAUUGAUUCUUUUGGGAUAGGCAGAGAGAGAAUGUUUGAGAAAAACAAAAGUUAUCUUAACAGAUUAUAUUCUUCCUGAGGUUUGAGUUUAAAUAGAAAUGUAGCCAAGAACAUUGGAAACACAUUGGAAGGUUCUGAUUGGUCUCAAUAGCUUAUCCUUGUCAAAGAAUAUGAACCAAAAAUUGCCUGUUACCUAGUUACACACAUAUAUUUCAUGUCUGACCCUGAAUUGUUUCUUAUAGAAAGAAAAUUAAAAUACCAAGAUGUGGUCACUGAAAGUUAUAUGUAGAUAACAAUAGGAAUUAGUAUUUUAUUAUGUAUAUGUAUGCAUUUAUUUUAAAACUAAGCUAAUCCAAAGUGAAUUGGCUUAACUUAUAAAAAGACAUUGAGAAAUUUUAUUUCUCAUUUACAAAGGACAAAGUGACAUCAUGUAUUGAAGUUUUUUAGGAAUAUAUUAAUUAAAUAUAUGUCCAUCUAUGUGUUCUUUGUGGAGUAGCAUCUCUUGAAAUGAUUUGGAUCUAAUAUAGAUUUACGUAAAAAAAGUUUUGCCCUUCUCUAUAGGGAGAGAAAGUGAAGAAGCAUGAAUUUUAUAAUAUCAUUGCUUCUUUUUCAUUAAAUCAUUUGUAAGUUGCAAAAGAUUGGCUUGAGUAGUGUAAAAGUGCUUGGAUAGUAAAUUAAAUGUGAGAGAUUUACCUAAUUUAAUGUGUGGAAACUGUUUAAAUGAAUCUUUUGGUGAUGUUGUAUUAAACCUGAAACAAAUACUUCACAGUCUGCAUAUGUACUAAUAUUAUAAACAUUUAAAAAGUACCCUAAAUCCUAUUCUUUUGAGUUCCUUCUCUUUUCUCCAGUAACUUCAAGUGUCAAUAAUACCUUGUUUGUGUUACAAUUGCAUUUUACAAAGCUAAAGGGAAAUAAUUUGUAGGGUUAACUUUUGUGUGUGUGUGUUUUGAUAUACUCUUGAGGUUUUGGAGAAUACACAUUAUCCCCUGUAAUCUAUGAUUGUUAAUCUGUCAAUCUAUUGUACCUCUUUUCUUUUAUUAAUAUAGUAUUAUUGGAUUUGAGACAUGUAAACUAUGCUUCUCUAAGCAAAUUAGUUGAAUAUAUUCUUGUUUAGGUUAUAAAAAAUGAAAGCAAGAACUCUUAACACACUUGGCAUCCUGUGUUUUAAAUUCUUUUCCUAUAACUAUAGCUUUGUAACCUGAAUAUUAGGUGUUAGAAAUUUUAUAAGACAAUGGGAAAAUAAUGGCCCUAUAUUGUAUUUUGCUUCUAAAUGCUAUUAGGGUAUAGAAUUGUUCUUUAUUUAGGCAGAUUAAUUUUAAGAAGAAAACCAUAAUAUAUGAUGGACUUAUUCAAAUAUAUAUUUUAGUGUUAUUUAUAUAUUUGUAAAAUGAAUACGUGUGUGUGUGUCUGUAUUUGUAUGAUAUAUUUUAAAUGGAGAUGUCUACACCUGUUGAUUGCAUUAAGCAUUUAGUAUCCCCUAAUGAAGGAUGGAAAAGGUGCUGCCGCACUGUCUAAGUGGAUCAUUUCUCCUUGGUAAAUUACACACAUUCUACUUUUUUGUAUUCUGUGACCUUGCAGUCAGUGACUUCAGCCCAGAAUAGUUUCAGAGUCAUGUAAAUGAAUGCAAUUAAGGUAUUGCCUAUCAUCUUACAUAGUUCAGAUGGAACCUUAUUGGAUAGAGAGGUUUAUUUGCUUUAUGAGAAAGGUCAAAAUAAGGUUAAAUUUUAUUACAUAAAAUGAUUUGGUAAUGUUUUUAUUUAGCUCCUAAAAAAGUAAUGUCCUAAUAGGAAAUGAUAAUGCUUUUUGUUUUUCCUUAAUCACCUGGAGGUCUCUUCAGGUUCUGUUUGUUUUUGUCUGAUUAUAAACUCUAUUUUGAGGAGAUGCCUUCUGUCAACUAAGAUUUUGGGAACAUCCUGCCUGUAGUUAAGAUUCUAGAUAUCUUUGACUUAUACACUUAGGUGACAUACCCUGUUAAUGAUGUAGGGUAGCUUUGGUGUUGCUGAUGUGUAGGCAUACUUCAUUUUAUUGUGCUUCACUUUAUUGCUCUUUGAAGAUAAUUUUGUUUUUUACAAACUGAAGGUUUGUGGCAGCCCUGCGUUGAGCAAGUACCAUUUUCUCAACAGCAUGUUUUCAGUUUGUGUCUUUGUGGUCAUGUUUUGAUAAUUCUCACAAUAUAUAAAACUUUUUCAUAUUAUUAUAUAUGUCAUGGUGAUGUGUAAUCAGUGAUCUUUGAUGUUACUAUUGUGAUUGUUUUGAGGUACCAUGAACUGUGCCCAUAUCAGCCUGCGAACUUGUUCAGUGUGGUCUGACUGCUUUACAGACUGGCUGUUCCCCCAUCUCAUCUGCCUUUCCUUGGGAUUCCCUGUUCCUUGAGACACAACAAUAUUGAAAUUAGGCCAAUUAAUAACCCUAUAAUGGCUAAGUAUUUAAAUGCAAGGAAAAGUUGUAGGUCUCUUACUUUAAAUCAAGAGCUAGAAAAGGUUAAGCUCAGUGAGGAAGGCAUGUCAAAAGCCAAGCUCUUCUGAAAGCUAGGCCUCUUGUGCCAGUUCACCAAGUUGUGAAUGUAAAAGGAAAAGUUCUUAAAGGACAUUAAAAGUGCUACUCCAGUGAACACACGAAUGAUAAGAACACAAAGCAGCCUGAUAUGGUUUGGCUGUGUCUCCACCCAAAUCUCAUCUUGAAUUGUAGUUCCUAUACUCCCCAUGUGUCCUGGGAGGGACCCAGUAGGAGGUAAUUGAAUCAUGGAGGCAGUUACCCCCAUGCUGUUCUCGUGAUAGUGAGUUCUCAUGAGAUCUGAUGGUUUUUAAAUUUAAUUUUAAUGAUUUAUUUAUUUCUGAGAAGAAGUCUCGCUCUGCCGCCCAGGCUGGAGUGCAGUGGCGCGGUCUCAGCUCACUGCAAGCUCCGCCUCCUGGGUUCACGCCAUUCUCCCGCCUCAGCCUCCCAAGUAGCUGGGACCACAGGCGCCCGCCACCACGCCUGGCUAAUUUUUGGAUUUUUAGUAGAGAUGGGGUUUCACCAUGUUAGCCAGGAUGGUCUCUGUCUCCUGACCUCGUGAUCUGCCUGCCUCGGCCUCCCAAAGUGCUGGAAUUACAGGCGUGAGCCACCGCGCCCGGCCGAGAUCUGAUGGUUUUAUAAGAGGCUUUUCCCACUUUGCUUGGCACUUCUUCCUGCUGCCUUGUGAAGAAGGUGCCUUGCUUUCCCCUCACCUUCUGCCAUGAUUUUAAGUUUCCUGAGACCUCCCCAACAAUGCGGAACUCUGAGUCAAUGAAAUCUCUUUCCUUUAUAAAUUACCCAGUCUCGGGCAUUUUUUCAUAGCAGUGUGAGAACGGACUAAUAGACAGCCUUAUUGCUAAUAUGGAGAAUAUUUUAGUAGUCUGCCUAGAAAAUCAAAGCAGCCAUAACAUUCCCUUAAGCCAAAACCUAAUCCAGAGCAGCGCCUCACUCUAAUUCCACAAAGGCCAAGAGGAGAUGAAGAAACUGCAGAAGAAAAGUUGGAAGCUAGCAGAGGUUUGUUCAUGAAGUUUAAGGUUAGAAGCUGCCUGGAUAACAUAAAAGUGCACGAUGAAGCAGCUAAUGCUGAUGUAGAAGCUACAGCAGGCUUCCAGAAGAUCUAGGUAAGAUCAUUGAUGAAGAUGGCUACAUUAAACAGCAGAUUUUCAGUGUAAAUGAAACAGCCUUCUGUUGGAUGAAUAUGCCAUCUAGGACUUUAAUAGCUAGAGAGGAGAAACCAAUGCCUGGCCUCAAAACCUCAAAGGACAAACUGACUUUCUUGUUAGUGGAUAAUACAGCUGGUGACUUGAAGUGGAAACCAAUGUUUGGCCAUUACAAAAAUCCUAAGCCUCUUAAGAAUUAUACUAAAUCUCUUCUACCUAUGCUGUAUAAAUGGAAGAAGAAGCCUGGAUGACAGAAUAUCUGUUUACAGCAUGGUUUGCUGAAUAUUUUAGGCCCCCUAUUGAGACCAACUGCUCCGAAAAAAAAGAUUCCUAUCGAAAUAUUACUGUUUAUUGACCACGCACCUGGUCACUCAAGAGCUCUGAUGGAGAUGUACAAGAAAGUUAAUGUUAAUUUUCAUGGCUGCUAAUACAACAUCUAUUCUGUAGCCUGUGGAUCAAGGAGUAAUUUCAACUUUCAAGUCUUACUAUUGAAGAAAUACAUCUUGUGAAGCUGUAGUUGCCAUAGAUAGUGAUUCCUCUGAUGGAUCUGGGCAAAGGCAAUUGUAAACCUUCUGAAAAGGAUUCACCAUUCUAGAUGCCAUUGAGAACAUUUGUGAUUAAUGGGAGGAGGUCAAAAUACUAACAUUAAUAGGAGUUUGAAAGAAGCUGCUUCCACCCCUUAUGGAUAACUUUGGCGGGUUGAAGACAUCAGUGGAGGAAGUAAGUGGAGGAAGUAACUGCAGAUGUGGUGGAAAUUGCAAGAAACUAGAAUUAGAAGUGGAGCCUGAAGAUGUGACUGAAUUUGUAUAAUCUCAUGAGAAAACAUGGACGGAUGAGGAGUUACUCCUUAUAGAUGAGCAAAGAAAGUAGUUACUAGAGAUGGAAUCUACUCCUGAUUGAAGAUACUGUGAACAUUGUUGAAAUAACAACGAAGGAUUUAGAAUAUCAUGUAAACAUAAUUGAUAAAACAGUGGCAGGGUUUGAGAGGAUUGACUCCCAUCUAGAAAGAUAUUCUACUGUGGGUAAAAUGCUAUCAAACAGCAUUACAUGCUACAGAGAAUUAUUCUGUGAAAGGAAGAAUCAGCCGAUGUGGCAAACUUCAUUGUUGUCUUGUUUUAAGAAAUCAUUACAGAGACCCCAACCUUCAGCAACCACAAGCCUGAUCAUUUGGCAGCCAUCAAUAUGGAGGCAAGGUGUCCACCACUGAAGAGUAAAACUCUCUAAAGAUUCACAUGAUUGUUAGCAUUUUUAGCAAUAAAGUAUUUUUAUACUAAGGAAGUGUUUGGAUUGUGAGCUAUUUCAGAACUGUUCUCAGGACUCAUUAUUUUAACAUUUGGGAGAAACACAGCCAGAAGAUGCACACUUGACUGAAGGAGGACAGGGAAUCUGAAGACUCCGGAUGACAUCAGAGCUACUUUUCAACAGCCUUCUCAAUUUUCUUUCUCAGAAAGCAGAGGCUCAGAGCUUGGAGACAGACGAACACUGGUAUUUGCAUUUAAUGGGGAACAAAAGAUGAAGAAGGAAAAGGAAUAUAGUCACUAAGGAUUCUAUCUGCUUACUGCUACAGACCUAUGUGUUAAGGAAUUCUUCUCCUCCUUCUUGCGUAGAAGUUGAUCAGCUCUGUGGUCAGACUGCAUUUAUCUUGUCAUUGCCAGAAGAAAUCUUGGACAGAAUGUAACAGUACGUCUCUCUCUGUUUGCGAUGGAAGGUGAUAAACUGAUACUCCUUUAUUAAAGUUACAUCGCACUCACCACAGAAAACCAUUCUUUAAAGUGAAUAGAAACCAAGCCCUUGUGAACACUUCUAUUGAACAUGACUCAUGGAGAAGAGCUUGGCUCUGAUGUGCACCAGGAUUCUAUUGUUUUAACUUACCUAGAAGGAUUACUAAUGCAUCAGGCAGCAGGGGGAUCAGGUACUGCCGUUGACAAAAAGUCUGCUGGGCAUAAUGAAGAGGAUCAGAACUUUAACAUUUCUGGCAGUGCAUUUCCCACCUGUCAAAGUAAUGGUCCAGUUCUCAAUACACAUACAUAUCAGGGAUCUGGCAUGCUGCACCUCAAAAAAGCCAGACUGUUGCAGUCUUCUGAGGACUGGAAUGCAGCAAAGCGGAAGAGGCUGUCUGAUUCUAUCGUGAAUUUAAACGUAAAGAAGGAAGCUUUGCUAGCUGGCAUGGUUGACAGUGUGCCUAAAGGCAAACAGGAUAGCACAUUACUGGCCUCUUUGCUUCAGUCAUUCAGCUCUAGGCUGCAGACUGUUGCUCUGUCACAACAAAUCAGGCAGAGCCUCAAGGAGCAAGGUUAUGCCCUCAGUCAUGAUUCUUUAAAAGUGGAGAAGGAUUUAAGGUGCUAUGGUGUUGCAUCAAGUCACUUAAAAACUUUGUUGAAGAAAAGUAAAGUUAAAGAUCAAAAGCCUGAUACGAAUCUUCCUGAUGUGACUAAAAACCUCAUCAGAGAUAGGUUUGCAGAGUCUCCUCAUCAUGUUGGACAAAGUGGAACAAAGGUCAUGAGUGAACCGUUGUCAUGUGCUGCAAGAUUACAGGCUGUUGCAAGCAUGGUGGAAAAAAGGGCUAGUCCUGCCACCUCACCUAAACCUAGUGUUGCUUGUAGCCAGUUAGCAUUACUUCUGUCAAGCGAAGCCCAUUUGCAGCAGUAUUCUCGAGAACACGCUUUAAAAACGCAAAAUGCAAAUCAAGCAGCAAGUGAAAGACUUGCUGCUAUGGCCAGAUUGCAAGAAAAUGGCCAGAAGGAUGUUGGCAGUUUCCAGCUCCCAAAAGGAGUGUCAGGCCAUCUUAAUGGUCAGGCAAGAACAUCAUCAAGCAAACUGAUGGCUAGCAAAAGUAGUGCUACAGUGUUUCAAAAUCCAAUGGGUAUCAUUCCUUCUUCCCCUAAAAAUGCAGGUUAUAAGAACUCACUGGAAAGAAACAAUAUAAAACAGGCUGCUAACAAUAGUUUGCUUUUACAUCUUCUUAAAAGCCAGACUAUACCUAAGCCAAUGAAUGGACACAGUCACAGUGAGAGAGGAAGCAUUUUUGAGGAAAGUAGUACACCUACAACUAUUGAUGAAUAUUCAGAUAACAAUCCUAGUUUUACAGAUGACAGCAGUGGUGAUGAAAGUUCUUAUUCCAACUGUGUUCCCAUAGACUUGUCUUGCAAACACCGAACUGAAAAAUCAGAAUCUGACCAACCUGUUUCCCUGGAUAACUUUACUCAAUCCUUGCUAAACACUUGGGAUCCAAAAGUCCCAGAUGUAGAUAUCAAAGAAGAUCAAGAUACCUCAAAGAAUUCUAAGCUAAACUCACACCAGAAAGUAACACUUCUUCAAUUGCUACUUGGCCAUAAGAAUGAAGAAAAUGUAGAAAAAAACACCAGCCCUCAGGGAGUACACAAUGAUGUGAGCAAGUUCAAUACACAAAAUUAUGCAAGGACUUCUGUGAUAGAGAGCCCCGGUACAAAUCGGACUACUCCAGUGAGCACUCCACCUUUACUUACAUCAAGCAAAGCAGGGUCUCCCAUCAAUCUCUCUCAACACUCUCUGGUCAUCAAAUGGAAUUCCCCACCAUAUGCCUGCAGUACUCAGUCUGAAAAGCUAACAAAUACUGCAUCUAACCACUCAAUGGACCUUACAAAAAGCAAAGACCCACCAGGAGAGAAACCAGCCCAAAACGAAGGUGCACAAAACUCUGCAACUUUUAGUGCCAGUAAGCUGUUACAAAAUUUAGCACAAUGUGGAAUGCAGUCAUCCAUGUCAGUGGAAGAGCAGAGACCCAGCAAACAGCUGUUAACUGGAAACACAGAUAAACCGAUAGGUAUGAUUGAUAGAUUAAAUAGCCCUUUGCUCUCAAAUAAAACAAAUGCAGUUGAAGAAAAUAAAGCAUUUACUAGUCAACCAACAGGUCCUGAACCAGGGCUUUCUGGUUCUGAAAUAGAAAAUCUGCUUGAAAGACGUACUGUCCUCCAGUUGCUCCUGGGGAACUCCAACAAAGGGAAGAGUGAAAAAAAAGAGAAAACUCCCUUAAGAGAUGAAAGUACUCAGGAACACUCAGAGAGAGCUUUAAGUGAACAAAUAUUGAUGGUGAAAAUAAAAUCUGAGCCUUGUGAUGACUUACAAAUUCCUAACACAAAUGUGCACUUGAGCCAUGAUGCUAAGAGUGCCCCAUUCUUGGGUAUGGCUCCUGCUGUGCAGAGAAGCGCACCUGCCUUACCAGUGUCCGAAGACUUUAAAUCGGAGCCUGUUUCACCUCAGGAUUUUUCUUUCUCCAAGAAUGGUCUGUUAAGUCGAUUGCUAAGACAAAAUCAAGAUAGUUACCUGGCAGAUGAUUCAGACAGGAGUCACAGAAAUAAUGAAAUGGCACUUCUAGAAUCAAAGAAUCUUUGCAUGGUCCCUAAGAAAAGGAAGCUUUAUACUGAGCCAUUAGAAAAUCCAUUUAAAAAGAUGAAAAACAACAUUGUUGAUGCUGCAAACAAUCACAGUGCCCCAGAAGUACUGUAUGGGUCCUUGCUUAACCAGGAAGAGCUGAAAUUUAGCAGAAAUGAUCUUGAAUUUAAAUAUCCUGCUGGUCAUGGCUCAGCCAGCGAAAGUGAACACAGGAGUUGGGCCAGAGAGAGCAAAAGCUUUAAUGUUCUGAAACAGCUGCUUCUCUCAGAAAACUGUGUGCGAGAUUUGUCCCCGCACAGAAGUAACUCUGUGGCUGACAGUAAAAAGAAAGGACACAAAAAUAAUGUGACCAACAGCAAACCUGAAUUUAGCAUUUCUUCUUUAAAUGGACUGAUGUACAGUUCCACUCAGCCCAGCAGUUGCAUGGAUAACAGGACAUUUUCAUACCCAGGUGUAGUAAAAACUCCUGUGAGUCCUACUUUCCCUGAGCACUUGGGCUGUGCAGGGUCUAGACCAGAAUCUGGGCUUUUGAAUGGGUGUUCCAUGCCCAGUGAGAAAGGACCCAUUAAGUGGGUUAUCACUGAUGCAGAGAAGAAUGAGUAUGAAAAAGACUCUCCAAGAUUGACCAAAACCAACCCAAUACUAUAUUACAUGCUCCAAAAAGGAGGCAAUUCUGUUACCAGUCGAGAAACACAAGACAAGGACAUUUGGAGGGAGCCUUCAUCUGCUGAAAGUGUCUCACAGGUCACAGUCAAAGAAGAGUUACUUCCUACUGCAGAAACGAAAGCUUCUUUCUUUAAUUUAAGAAGCCCUUACAAUAGCCAUAUGGGAAAUAAUGCUUCUCGCCCACACAGCGCAAAUGGAGAAGUUUAUGGACUUCUGGGAAACGUGCUAACGAUAAAGAAAGAAUCAGAAUAAAAUGUACCUGCCAUCCAGUUUUGGAUCUUUUUAAAACUAAUGAGUACGAACUUGAGAUCUGUAUAAAUAAGAGCAUGAUUUGAAAAAAGCAUGGUAUAAUUGAAACUUUUUUCAUUUUGAAAAGUAUUGGUUACUGGUGAUGUUGAAAUAUGCAUACUAAUUUUUGCUUAACAUUAGAUGUCAUGAGGAAACUACUGAACUAGCAAUUGGUUGUUUAACACUUCUGUAUGCAUCAGAUAACAACUGUGAGUAGCCUAUGAAUGAAAUUCUUUUAUAAACAUAAAUAAUAGGCAUAAAUUAAAAUGUAAAACUCCAUUCAUAGUGGAUUAAUGCAUUCUGCUGCCUUUAUUAGGGUACUUUAUUUUGCUUUUCAGAAGUCAGCCUACAUAACACAUUUUUAAAGUCCAAACUGUUAAACAACUCUUUAAAGGACAAUUAUCCAAUAAAAAAAAACCUAGUGCUGAUUCACAGCUUAUUAUCCAAUUCAAAAAUAAAUUAGAAAAAUAUAUGCUUACAUUUUUCACUUUUGCUAAAAAGAAAAAAAAAGGUGUUUAUUUUUAACUCUUGGAAGAGGUUUUGUGGUUCCCAAUGUGUCUGUCCCACCCCGAUCCUUUUCAAUAUAUAUUUCUUUAAACCUUGUGCUACUUAGUAAAAAUUGAUUACAAUUGAGGGAAGUUUGAUAGAUCCUUUAAAAAAAAAAGGCAGAUUUCCAUUUUUUGUAUUUUAACUACUUUACUAAAUUAAUACUCCUCCUUUUACAGAAUUAGAAAAGUUAACAUUUAUCUUUAGGUGGUUUCCUGAAAAGUUGAAUAUUUAAGAAAUUGUUUUUAACAGAAGCAAAAUGGCUUUUCUUUGGACAGUUUUCACCAUCUCUUGUAAAAGUUAACUCUCACCAUUCCUGUGGUACCUGCGAGUCUUAUGACCAGGAUUCCUUAAAGCUGAACUCAGACCACUUGCAUUAGAACCAUCUGGAGCACUUGUUUUAAAAUGCAGAUUCAUAGGCAGCAUCUCAGAUCUACAGAACAAGAAUCUCUGCUAAGUGGACCUGGAAUCUUCCAUCUGCAUCUUAACAUGCUCUCUAGGUGUUUCUUGUGUUUGAGAACCAUGACUUAUGACUUUCCUCAGAACAUGAGACUGUAAAACAAAAACAAAAAACUAUGUGAUGCCUCUAUUUUCCCCAAUACAGUCACACAUCAGCUCAAAAUUUGCAAUAUUGUAGUUCAUAUAUUACCGUUAUGUCUUUGGAAAUCGGGUUCAGAACACUUUUUAUGACAAAAAAAAAUUGGGUGGAGGGGAUAACUUUCAUAUCUGGCUCAACAUCUCAGGAAAAUCUGUGAUUAUUUGUGUGUUCUAAUGAGUAACAUCCACUUAGUUAGCCUUAGGGAUGGAAAAACAGGGCCACUUACCAAACUCAGGUGAUUCCAGGAUGGUUUGGAAACUUCUCCUGAAUACAUCCUUAACCUUUAUUAAAACCAUUGUCCUAAGAACAAUGCCAACAAAGCUUACAACAUUUAGUUUAAACCCAAGAAAGGCACUAAACUCAGAUUGACUAAAUAAAAAGUACAAAGGGCACAUAUACAUGACAGAAUUGUACACAAUCACUCCAUUGGAUCUUUUACUUUAAAAUAGUGAUGAAAAGUACAUGUUGAUACUGUCUUAGAAGAAAUUAAUAUAUUAUUGAAGCCACAUGGGGUUUCAAUUGUGAAACAGGUCUGUUUUUUUGGUUCAGUUUGUACAAUCCACAAUUCAUUCACCAGAUAUUUUGUUCUUAAUUGUGAACCAGGUUAGCAAAUGACCUAUCAAAAAUUAUUCUAUAAUCACUACUAGUUAGAAGGAUAUUGAUUUAAAAUUGUUCUACUUGAAGUGGUUUCUAAGAUUUUUAUAUUAAAAAUAGGUGUGAUUUCCUAAUAUGAUCUAAAACCCUAAAUGGUUAUUUUUCCUCAGAAUGAUUUGUAAAUAGCUACUGGAAAUAUUAUACAGUAAUAGGAGUGGGUAUUAUGCAACAUCAUGGAGAAGUGAAGGCAUAGGCUUAUUCUGACAUAAAAUUCCACUGGCCAGUUGAAUAUAUUCUAUUCCAUGUCCAUACUAUGACAAUCUUAUUGUCAACACUAUAUAAAUAAGCUUUUAAACAAGUCAUUUUUCUUGAUCGUUGUGGAAGGUUUGGAGCCUUAGAGGUAUGUCAGAAAAAAUAUGUUGGUAUUCUCCCUUGGGUAGGGGGAAAUGACCUUUUUACAAGAGAGUGAAAUUUAGGUCAGGGAAAAGACCAAGGGCCAGCAUUGCUACUUUUGUGUGUGGGGGGGGGGGGUUUGUUUUGUUUUUUGGUUGGUUGGUUUUCGUUGUUGUUAACAAAGGAAUGAGAAUAUGUAAUACUUAAAUAAACAUGACCACGAAGAAUGCUGUUCUGAUUUACUAGAGAAUGUUCCCAAUUUGAAUUUAGGGUGAUUUUAAAGAACAGUGAGAAAGGGCAUACAUCCACAUAUUCACUUUGUUUAUGCAUAUGUAGAUACAAGGAUGCACAUAUACACAUUUUCAAGGACUAUUUUAGAUAUCUAGACAAUUUCUUCUAAUAAAGUCAUUUGUGAAAGGGUACUACAGCUCAUUGACAUCAGUAAGGUAGCAUUCAUUACCUGUUUAUUCUCUGCUGCAUCUUACAGAAGAGUAAACUGGUGAGAGUAUAUAUUUUAUAUAUAUAUAUAUAAUAUGUAUAUAUAUAUAUAUUGACUUGUUACAUGAAGAUGUUAAAAUCGGUUUUUAAAGGUGAUGUAAAUAGUGAUUUCCUUAAUGAAAAAUACAUAUUUUGUAUUGUUCUAAUGCAACAGAAAAGCCUUUUAAUCUCUUUGGUUCCUGUAUAUUCCAUGUAUAAGUGUAAAUAUAAUCAGACAGGUUUAAAAGUUGUGCAUGUAUGUAUACAGUUGCAAGUCUGGACAAAUGUAUAGAAUAAACCUUUUAUUUAAGUUGUGAUUACCUGCUGCAUGAAAAGUGCAUGGGGGACCCUGUGCAUCUGUGCAUUUGGCAAAAUGUCUUAACAAAUCAGAUCAGAUGUUCAUCCCAACAUGACAGUAUUCCAUUUCUGGACAUGACGUCUGUGGUUUAAGCUUUGUGAAAGAAUGUGCUUUGAAUCGAAGGGUCUUAAAGAAUUUUUUUAAUCGUCAACCACUUUUAAACAUAAAGAAUUCACACAACUACUUUCAUGAAUUUUUUAAUCCCAUUGCAAACAUUAUUCCAAGAGUAUCCCAGUAUUAGCAAUACUGGAAUAUAGGCACAUUACCAUUCAUAGUAAGAAUUCUGGUGUUUACACAACCAAGUUUGAUGCGAUCUGCUCAGUAAUAUAAUUUGCCAUUUUUAUUAGAAAUUUAAUUUCUUCAUAUGAUGUCAUGAAACUGUACAUACUGCAGUGUGAAUUUUUUUGUUUUGUUUUUUAAUCUUUUAGUGUUUACUUCCUGCAGUGAAUUUGAAUAAAUGAGAAAAAAUGCAUUGUC